CUUAAGCUUCCUUCCCUGUAUUGAGAAAUGGGAAAUAAUUUGCUUCUUCUAAUAUUCACUGCAGCAUUUCUCUUGCUCCACUGCUUGAGAUGUUCGGCAACUGUUUACACCGUCGGCGACAGCUCCGGCUGGGAUAUCAGCACCGACAUCGACUCGUGGUCGAACGACAAGACUUUCUCUACCGGUGAUACUUUAUUGUUCCAAUACUCACAGUACCACUCGGUCAGUGAGGUGACCGAGGGGAACUACAAGGGGUGCAACACGACCAACGUGCUACAAUCGAGUAGCAAUGGGAACACAACAUUCGCCUUGACCAGCCCAGGCGAGCGCUACUUCAUCUGUGGCAACAGGCUACAUUGCCUCGGCGGGAUGAAGCUCCACGUCCAUGUUGUCGAGAACCAGACCGUGUCCGGGCCCGUUGGAGCACCCUCGGCGCAGCCAGGUGGAUCCCUACGGCCCGGGUCUUCCAAGAGCGAUGAACCUUCGAAUUCAGUUUCUUUUGUUAACCCUGGUAGCCUAGAAGCUCUUCUCCUAUCAUCUUUUGCCUCCUACAUUAUAUCUUUCUCAUAAAAUUCAAGAUUUUUGAGUUUUGAAUAUAUUUGUUGUCACGCUUCCUAUCU